GGAGGUUCAGCGCCUGAAGGAGCAGGGGUUCAUUAGUCCCAGCCUGAGUCCCUGGGCAUCACCUAUAGUCCUCGUUCCCAAGAGUGGCGGCACUUACCGUCUGUGUGUAGAUUAUAGGAAGGUGAAUGCGGUAACAGUGGCGGACUCGUUCCCCCUCCCGAGGAUGGACGACAUUAUUGAUGACCUGGGGAAGGCACGCCACCUGUCGAAGUUGGAUCUCCUCCAGGGAUAUUACCAAGUUCCGUUGACAGAGAGGGCGAGGCCGAUUUCUGCGUUUGUCACGCCUGUCGGUCUCUACGAGUUCAAGGUUCUUCCCUUCGGUAUGAGGAACGCCCCGGCGACCUUUCAGCGUCUCAUGAACUACCUGACUGCGGACUUAGAAGGCGUUCGUUGUUACCUAGACGAUCUUGUAAUCUGGAGCGAGUCUUGGCAGGAACAUCUGGUACGUUUACGUGCACUCUUCUCCGCCUUGUCAGCCGCAAACCUCACGGUAAAUUUGCAGAAGAGUGAAUUCGGACAUGCUCAUGUCACCUUCUUGGGUCACGUGAUCGGUCAGGGUCAGGUCGCACCUGUAGCAGCGAAGGUGGAAGCGGUCCUCCAGUAUCCCACGCCCGUCGACAGGAGAGGCCUGAUGCGCUUCAUGGGAAUGGCUGGAUAUUAUAGACGUUUCUGCAAGAACUUUUCCCAGAUAUCCGCACCUUUAACAGACUUGCUGAGUACUAAACGGACAUUCAGGUGGUCAGAGGACUGUCAACAAGCCUUUGACAACUUGAAGCACCUCUUGUGUACCGCUCCCGUCUUGCGAGCUCCUGAUAUCGGCAAACCAUUUGUAAUUCAUGUUGACGCCAGUGAUAGUGGUGUGGGAGCGGUCCUCUUGCAGAACAAAAGUGAAGUGCUCCACCCGGUGUGUUAUUUUUCUUAUAAGUACAAGUCUUAUCAAAAGUCUUACGCCACCGUCGAAAAGGAGGCCUUGGGAAUAGUAUUGGCAAUCGAAAAGUUUAGAGUUUAUUUAACAAACUCUGUUCAUCCAGUCAAAAUUUUCACUGAUCAUAACCCGUUAACUUUAUAG